AUGUUCUGCUGCUCCGCUGGCACGCGCCAGGAGGAUAUUGAUACGACCCUUGCGUUCGCCAAGAAGGCGCUCGAGGUCGGCCAGGAGGUGCUCCAGGUGGUCCCGGUUCCGUAUGUCGCUGACGGCGUGAAGGUUCUGAUCAAAGUUGUGGAGAAAGUCGAGGUGCGCCGCCAGCUCAUGGCCCCUUAUCUCGAAGUCCGGUCGACCAAGAAAGGGCUCCAAGAGUUGGCGAAAGAUCUGGGGAACCUCGCUGGCAUACUGCAGAGCGCGUCUGAGCAGAUUCAGAGGAAGGUCGACGCGAGCGGGCCUGAGAAACUUCAGGAUCUAGGCGAAUCCGUGGGUGAUAGGACGAUGAAGUUCCUGAGCCAGGUUGAAGAGCUGCAGAGUGAAGCGCAAAGGCUAUACACAGGCCCAUGUUGGCGUCGAUGCUUCCAUAGUGCACGCGAUGCGGAGACGCUGAAGGACAUGCAAGAAAAAGUGGUUCAGAUCACCAGGUUUUUCCAGGCCGACUGUCUCGUUGAAUCACCAGGGAUGGACCAGCUUAUUGAAGGGAUGAGGAGGGUGGAGAGAGUCGAGGUCGUUCAGAUUCAGCACAAACGCGACGACGACUCGAGAAGCUACUGCGAGCCGAUGCUGGAUAUCGACAAGAUCUACUCGCUCGACCUCAGUAAGCAGUCCCCCGCAUCCGUGCUCGAGGACGUCAAGCUGUUCCUCAGAGACCGGCUAGCAACAGCGUUCCGGCCACGAAUGCUGAGGAACCGCGGCGACCUCGUCGAUCGUCUGGCAGAGCGCUCGGAGGGACGUGGAGAACGCGCGGAGUAUCUCUUCUCCAACCCCAAACGAUCCGAACUGCUUGGGCCUCUCAACGACCUCUACCUGAAGACGAUGCUCGGGACCAUCGCGCUCCUGAAGGACCGCUUCUCGCCGAACGACCUCGAAAGGCUGCUGUCUACGCCCACGAAAACAUCCGUAUCCGUUCUCCGUCACCUUCGCUCCGUCGUGUUAUUCGACCGCAGCGACCUCGACGCGGCGUUCCGCCCCAUCCACAUCACCUUCUCCCAGUUCCUCGUCGACGUCCACCCAAAGUACGACAAGGGACCCUACCUCGUGAAGACGGUGCGCGAGCACGGACGCAUCGCCGCGGGGUGCCUCGACACCCUCGUGUCUUCCCUGCACCAGAACCCGCUCUGUGUAGCGUCUGGGACGAGGCGGUCGGGCGUCCCAGACGUGGAGGAGCGCGUGGCUGCCGAUAUUCCGAAACACGUGCGGUACGCGUGUCUGCACUGGGCAGGGCACCUCGCGCAGUCAGACGAGAACGCGAAGGACGUGUAUGCGGCCCUGGACAAGUUCGCGAAGUCGGUGCUGUUGCAGUGGGUGGAGACGAUGGCGUGGAUGGGCCGGAUGGACGCGGUGACGGCGUCACUGAAUAGGGCUAUCGCGUGGCAGAAGAUCGGUCGUACACGGAAGGACCACCCUGAAGCCAUUUACCAGUGCAUCGUCAACCAGGAGGAUGGACCGUCGGCUGUUAGGCAGGCGACGCACGAUUCUGCCACGCUCUCUCUGGUAGACGAGUGA